CGUAACAUAACCUCAAGUAAAUAACAGUAAUUUGAUUAAUUUAUUAAUUUAUUGAGUAUGGAAAAAAACCCGAAAAUUGUAAUUAUAGGGGCUGGAGCAGCUGGUCUUGCCGCAGCAGUGAGAUUAAAACAAAAAUGUUUCGAUAAUAUAGUCAUUUUAGAAGCUGAAGACCACCUUGGGGGCAGGAUAAAUUCUAUUAAAUUUGGUGAUAGCUAUGUUGAUUUGGGGGCCCAGUGGUGUCAUGGGCAGGAAAAUAAUAUCGUUUAUGAACUGGUUAAUGAUUUAGAUCUGUUGGCUCCCUCGUAUAAUACUUAUACUGAUCAUAUAUUUUGCCAAGAUGGUAACAAACUUGCUAAAAAAACCUUUGAUAUUCUUUUAAAUGUUGCUCAUGAUGUUUUGAGAAGUGGUGAUGUUUACAGGAACCAAGAUAAAUCAUUUGGCGAUUCUUUUGAAGAAAUUUUCAGAUAUAAGCUUGAACAAGAUCCUAAAAGACAUGUAGUUAUGUCUUAUGUAGAUGAUUUUAUCAGUUGGUUUCACAGCUUUCUUUUGUGUUAUAAAGCAGCACCAAAUUGGUUUGAUAUUUCUGUCACAAAUAAGGAAUAUGAAAAGUGUCCUGGAUAUCCAUUAUUACAUUGGAAGGGGAAAGGUUUUAAUAUUUUUCUGGAUGUCCUCUUGAAAAAAUAUCAUAGUGAUUCAGAGGGUUUUGACAUUGAGAAUAACAUUCAAUACAAUAAAGAAGUUUGUUGUAUACAUUAUGCUGGUACAAACGAGGAAAAUGAUGUAGAAAUUCACUGUACAGACAAAUCUGUAUUUAAAGCUGAUCAUGUUAUAUGUACCAUUCCUUUGGGGUCAUUAAAAAAAUAUCAUAAUACUCUUUUUGAUCCUAAACUACCUGAUAUCAAAGUAAAUGCUAUUGUGGGACUAGGAUUUGGUUCAGUUUGUAAAAUCUUUCUUAAAUUUCCUCGUCAGUGGUGGAGUGGGGAAACUAAAGGUUUCAGCCUAUUAUGGAAUAAUGCAAUUCGCCAAAGAGUUCGUCGGGAAUAUCCCCAGUAUAUAGGGAAGGAUGGUAAAUCGUGGAUGGAGGGCAUAUUUGGAUUUUACGUGAUAGACGAAAAUCCGUGUGUGUUGUUAGGGUGGUUGACAGGUCCAGGUGCAGUGGAAAUUGAGAAAUUGGCCUCUGAGCAAGUGAUGGAUGCAUGUUUAUAUAUUUUAGAGCAAUUCGUUGGGUGUACAUGUAAAGUCCCAUCACCGCAAUGUGCUAUUGUCUCAAAAUGGAACACAAAUCCAAAUUUUUUGGGUACGUGGUCAUAUCGCAGUAUGGACACCCAAAAAUUACAAACUUGUGCUUUGCAUUUGGCUGAACCAAUUAAAAAAAGGCACAAAAACAUCUUGCUAUUUGCUGGUGAAGCCACACAUCCCUAUUAUUUUUCAACGGUUCAUGGUGCCGUGGAGAGUGGAUUUCGUGAAGCUGAUCGCAUAGCUUCAACUUAUUCAGUCGAACCUAAAAGAAAGAUAAUAAUCGUUGGGGGUGGAAUCGCUGGUAUAAGUGCUGCUUUAACGUUAUUAAACCAUGGUGUUCAAGACUUUGUUAUAUUGGAGGCUGAUAAAAAUUUAGGAGGGCGUAUUAAAACGAUUUACCACGAGGGCAAACCAUUAGAAAUGGGUGCCCAGUGGAUUCACGGAUCUGGGAAUACAAUAUAUCAAAUAGCCAAAAACCACAACCUAAUACUUCCCGAACAAUCCCACGAGGGCACAGGCGUGUAUGUCAGAAAUGACGGUUGUAUUUUUGACGAAGAUUUGGUUAAAUGGGUAGACUUUAGGGUGGGAAAAAUUUUAGAAGAAUGCGAACACUUUACAGACACUUUAGAGCACCCAAAAUCGGUAGGGCAUUAUUUGAAAAGCAGAUUUUCGGAGAAUUUGAAAGACAUUGACGAAAACUGCGAUAAAGGAAAAUACUUAGACUUACUUGACUGGCAUCUUCGUUUUCAAAACAUCGAUAAUUCAUGUGACGAUUUGCAGUUUGUAUCUGCGAAAGAAUGGGGCAAAUAUUACUGUCCCGAUCUCAACGGUCAAGAACACAUCAAUCUAAUGAACGGUUAUCAAUCCUUGAUUGACGUACUUGUUAAAAAAAUAGAUCCCACAAAGAUACACUUACAAACCACAGUGGAAAAAAUAAAAUGGAAAGACAAUAACAAUAGUGUGACUGUGACUUCGACAACAGGAAAAACAUAUUGUUGUGAUCACGUACUUGUCACCUGCUCUUUGGGAGUUUUGAAGAGGGAUCACGCCACAAUGUUUGAUCCGCCUUUGCCAUUCAAUAUGAGAUCGUCCAUAGACGCAAUGGGUUUUGAUAGUUUGGGGAAAGUUUAUUUGGUGUUCGAGAAAAAAUGGUGGGACGUUGAAGGAUUUCAAUUGAUUUGGACCAAGGAUGCUGUAAUGGAAGGGUUAAAAGGUUGGGUCAAACAUAUCAGUGGAAUGGACUCGGUCUACAAUCAUCCCAAUGUGCUUGUAGUUUGGGUUGGAGGAAGAGGGGUGGCUCUUAUGGAAUCUCUGCCAGCUGAACUUUUGGGGACACACUGUGUAGAUUUGCUAAGGGUGUUUCUUAAAAAGCGUGACAUUCCUUACCCUAUUAAAGUGAUCAGGAGCUGUUGGCUUAGCAACCGUAGGGUCGGAGGUGGUUACAGUUACUCAACCCCAGAAAAUGACGAUUCCAAUAAAGACAGAUCCCAACUUUUGAAAGCGGCUUUAGAAGGGGAUAUCCCAAGAAUUUUACUCGCUGGAGAAGCUGUUCAUUUGACCUAUUUUUCUACAGUUCACGGGGCCUUUGAGUCCGGAAGAUCGCAAACGGAGAAACUUCUUAAUUACUUAAAAGCAUACAACAAUGUUUGUCCAAAACAAAUUAAUAUAUAAUCUGGAGUAGACUGUAACUGGCAUACCUCAACCAGCCCCACAAAAAAAAUUGU